AUGGCUCAGAUGGAUUCUGGUAUGCGAAGGGUCCACAGUGACAUUUAUCCCCCAGUGGGUCACUACAGUCUGAGAUGCAGCCCUGCCAGAGCCAAUGGCAAGUCAAUUGGAAAAGCCAAGAGUGCAGGGGCUCUGUCACAAAUGGCCACAAGAACCGGCACCGGAUUGUCUAGGAAAGUCAGUGUCAAAUCUUUCAAAGAAGCCCUCCCAUCAAGGGGGCAGCUGACAACACAAGGGAAGAAAAUUCUCCAAGAUGGAGCAACAUUGGUUAAUCAGAGGUUCCAGAAUGCAAUCACUUCACUUGGAACUAUUUCACAA